UGGUUGUGCAUGGUAAGCAUGAGACAUUUAGGUAUAAAGGCAUUGUCCUGAUCAUCAUUCAGGCACAUAUCAACACAGAUGCCAAUACUCAAACAGAUUUCUCAAGUGUACUCCUCUUUUACGUAUCUCGCAGUUUUUAUGUCGUUUGGACAGCAAUGUAUGCCAUUGUUCCCUCCAUUUGAAGCUUCCCACACGUGGGCGGAGGGAGUCAAUGGCAACUCAACAAAUACCAGCUUUACCAACUUCGACGUUGAUUGCAGCAAUGUUGACUUGACUGACAGCGAGUUGGAAGCGCUCCAAGAGUGUGUCAGCGCGUCUGCAGUCACCGGAGAUGUCACUGAUGGUGACUUCGAAACUACCCUUGACGCCAACGCUAUGCCUGUCUUCUACACGACUAGCUCCAGCGAAGAGGCAUACUAUCAUGACAACUCGCCUUUUCCACCUAGCGGUCGGUUCUGGAGGACUGUAUGCCACAAAUUUGCCUCCAUCUGGCCCAGAGGCUCUCAUUUCUUGUCGUCUCUGUGGUCAUAUGGCUCCAGAUAGAGAUUUAAAAAGACAUUACCAAUCACAUCUGCCUAAGAAGUAUAGGGAGCGGUAUAAAUGUUCUGAAUGUUCGGGAAAAGACUCUGCUAGACCGGAUCUCCUACAAAGACACCAGACGAGUGUCCAUAGACGUCUAACGAAGUCUUCAGCGAACAAGUAAUCCUAUA